AUGAUGGCUACAACCAAUAAAACCUUUGUCGAAAAGCAGCAUCAGUUUUCAGAUACAUCCUGUCAAGAGAGAUCUAUCAUGAUUGACAAACUUAUUGACUGUGCAGCAGACAUCAUCGAUUCCAUUUGGACAAACAACCGCUCCACUAAGAUCAUGUCAACGGCACGCUUCAUCCGAGAAAUACUCAAGAGAUCAAGAGCAACAUAUUCGAUGCUGCAAUUGGCGUUAUUCUACAUUUUCCGUAUCAAAAAGAUUAUUUUUGAACGAUUGCAACAACCUCUUACAAGUAACGAGCUGGUAUGCUGUGGUAGACGCAUGUUUCUAGCAGCCCUGAUGGUCGCUUCCAAGUAUUUGAAUGACAAAAACUAUCGCAACAAAACUUGGGCCAAGAUUGCGAGUUUGAAUGUUACUGAAAUCAACGCUACAGAGAUGGUUUUUUUGAAACUCAUUGAUUAUCAAUUGUAUGUAAGCAAACCACUUUACGACAAGUGGGUUUCUCUAUUACACGACCAUAUCCAGAAGAAGAGUUUUAUUGCUAUUGCAAAGCAAAAGCAGGAUAUGAAUUACUAUUACUCCGUGCUCAACACAUCUCAUCAACAACAACAACACCAGCUUCAUCAUCACCAUAUUUCUCCUUACCAGCAUCUUUGUCCUCAUCCUCAUCAUCCAUAUACCUCUCCUGCUUCUUCUUCUUCCUGCAGUAGCUCUCCCGACACAUCGGCUACCUCUACGCCUCCUCCUCCUCCUCAACUUCACACUGUUCCCGCUCCUGCUGUGAUGGAGAUGCAUCAGACCCCUCCGCUCGUGUUUGGUAGAAAAAGAUCCUUGUCUAUUAAUCACUACCAUGACAAUGUGGAUAACAUCCGUAAGAUCAAGCAUUUGCGACACGCCUAA